ACGCGCCGAGAUCGCCAGUUAUAUAUAACAUCCGACAAAGAAGAAGAAAAACACCAAAACAGUUAAGACGUUAACUCUUUCUUCUUUUGUCUCUUCUUCUUCAGAACAAAACAUGCAUAGAUCCAAACCUCAAUCCAGAAACCCGUCAUUCUCCUCCACUCUCCUCGAUGAAAUCUACAAUUCCAUCGAUCCCAAAACCAAAAAGACUCAACCUUUUGUCGGCUCUGUUAAGAAACAGAGCAUCAGCGUAACCAGAUCAGUUCCUGACCGGAAACUCCACCAAGAUCGGUUCUUUGGCUCUGUCUCCUCUUCCUCUGAUUCCAACUCCAGUAUCUUCUCAUCUUCCGACACCGAACUAAGUCACGGUACUAAGAAGAUAACUUCUUCAAGGCCGUUAUGUUUCGGCCCAUCUAAGACAAAACAGAGUAAAACAGAGGAUAAAGCUCUGUUUCACCAAAACAGAGCAACCCGAGUGUUUCACGACUACGAUUACGCCUCAAGUAAUCAAAAGAAGCUCAAAACUCCAUCUUCACCUGGAGUAAGAAUCGUUAACUUCAUCAAUGCCUUGUUCAGCAAGCAACCAACGGCGGUUAAGAGUUAUCCGAGGAACACGAGCUACGACGACUCUGCAUUCUCUAGAAAACGAACUGAUUAUUACUAUCUAUCUACGACGUGUUCUUCAGCUUCUUCCUUCUCCAGGUCUUGUCUGAACAAACGCUCCGAGAAAUCAUCUGGCCGUACCAAGCCAAGGGUUAGAUUCUCUCCGGUCAAUGUGAUCGUCCCUGAGAUUGAAGAAGAAGACUAUCUCAGCAGCGGCUAUGUUAGAAAGUCGGUGAAGAAGAAUGUGGAAGAUGGAGGGAGGAGAUCAGUGGAGGAGAUUGCGAGAGAGUUCUUGAGAGAUUACCACAAGAAACAUGAAAACAGUUUGGUCAAGAAUAAUAAUGAUCUCGAGGAUUAUGAAGAUGAGGAUGAUGAUGUUGCAAGUGAUUCGAGUUCGGAUUUGUUUGAGCUGGACUUAGUUGGAACUCAUCAUCAUAAUCUGUAUGAAGACGAACUUCCUGUGUAUGAAACCACUUUUGCUGGUUUGAUAUUGUGAAGCUUUUGUUACUUUUUCUUUAGGUUUUUCGAUUUUAUUUUAAAGUUUUCUUGCAUCAUGGUGAUUCUUUCUCCACAUCUGUGUUUGGUUUUUGUAACUAUAUGUCGUGUUAUAAAUUUUGUGCUUGUAAAAGUAUGAUCGGAUCAUAUCGCUCAUAGCUUCAUUUUACC